AAUGCUGGCUUAAAAAGGUUUAGCUACUACCUGGAAUGAUAAGGCUAUUUAUCACCAUCAUGUCACCACUUCAGUUCUUAUCAAUUUUUUUCAUGGUUCAAGAUGACAGGAAAUUUGUUUUACAAUUUAAAAUAAAUGACCUAUUUUUAUAAAAUGAUGAAGUCACUAGAGAUAACUGAUUGCAAUCAUCUUGUAAACUGGGAUGUUAUCUAAGUCUGGUGGGUAAUCUUGUAAAGGGCUUGUGUGAUUAGAUUGUGAAAUAUAAAGUUGGAGGGAGGGGAAGAAAUCAAACUGUUCACUUAUCAGAGACACAUUUAAGGUUUUGUUGUGAAUACACCAGACUGUACUUUGUGAUAAACUACAUUCAGCACAAACACAAUGGAUUACCAUGCUUUAAUAGAGAUUCUUGCCUGCUUAUCUUCAGCAUCCCUCCACUUUGGCUCUGGAAUUGUGGUCGGAUUUGGUGCCAUUCUGGUUCCUCAGCUGGAACAUUCCGAAUCCGAAAUCAAAGUCUCUACAGAAGAUAUCUCAUGGAUAGUAAGUAUUGUGCCUCUGAUGGUGCCAUUGGGUUCUAUACUUACGGGAUACCUGGUGGACAAGAUUGGUCGUCUCAACACACUCAGGGCUUCCACCAUACCGUACGUGACAGGCUGGAUCUGCAUAGCAUUGGCUCAUAACUUCACCGUGCUCUUAGUAGGACGAAUGCUCACUGGCUUCUCUUUAGGUCUGGCGUGUAACCCGUCUGUGGUGUAUAUAUCUGAGGUAGCUCGACCUCAGUACAGAAGCACUCUCAUUUGUAUGGCAGUUUCAUUGGCAUCCCUGGGUAUUAUUGUGGUAUAUACAAAGGGGGCUUAUUUAGAUUGGAGAUUCAUCUCCUGGACGUCCAUAAGCUACUGUAUCCUUCCUCUCCUGUUUAUGUUCUUAUUAUGUCCGGAGAGCCCUGCCUGGCUAAUCUCCAAGGGUAGGACUGAGAAAGCACUUAAAUCUCUCACAUAUCUCCACCAAAGAGCUAGAAAGACAGGACUUGCAGAGCAGCGAUUAGAAGAAUUGGUUCAAGAGCACAGAAGAAAACAGAGGCAAGCAAACCAGACUGGUUCAGGAUUUGGAGUGUUUCGAGGUUUCAUCAAACCGACUGGUUACAAACCAGCUCUUCUUCUGUCAGCAGUAUUCACCUUCCAACAGUUUACAGGGAUUUAUAUCACAAUAUACUACUCAGUUUCUUUCUUAAAGACUGUUGGAACCUCCGUAGAUCCUUACAUCAGCACAGUUGCUGUGGGACUCGUGCGUCUCGUGAUGGGUAUCCUAACAUCAGUGUUGUUGAAUAAAUUUGGCAGACGCACUCUCUUCAUGGUUAGUGGAGUUGGAAUGAGCAUCUUCAUCUUCAUAUCAGGCUACUAUACAAAAGAAAUAACACAAGGUCACAUGGAGAAAAACGUUGUCCCUGUCAUCUGUAUCAUGAUUUAUAUCAGUGUCGGAGUCAUUGGAUUCAUGAGCAUCCCGUGGACCAUGACUGCUGAACUGUUCCCUAUAGAGAUCCGAGGGGUGGCUCAGAGUCUGAUGAUGAGUUACGUCAAUCUGGUAACCUUCGGGGUCCUCAAGGUUUAUCCAUUCAUGGACAAGAUGGUGGGAUCUUAUGGCGUGCAGUGGUUGUUUUCUGGCUGUACGUUGGUUGCAACGAUGUUUAUCUUUGUUUUCCUACCAGAAACUCGAAACAAGACUCUGAGUGAAAUACAGGAUUAUUUUGAGAACAACACAAUAUAUCUUCUACAUAAACAAAAUCCAACCAACAGAACUGAUGUAAUGGAGACCGGAGGUGAAUCGGUUAAACUUAGGGAACCAGUUUGAUAAAAAUAAUAGACUGGAAAGUUAAAUAGAAUAAUGGUAAACAAAGUAUCGAAAAUAAUUAUAUGUGAAAACAAAGUGUUGAAUCACUCAAUGUGAACCCUUUAAAAAGAUGUAGUCACCGUUGUGUGUCUGUUUUACACUUGAAUAUGAUUCUGUACCACCAACCAGGGUAUUACAAUUAAUUCUACAAUUAACGUGUUAUAAUCAAAAUUACUGUAGUAUAAUUCUUAGAUAAGUAUUAUAGAAAAAAUUAUAUGUUAUAGAUGUUUAUCUCCAGUGUUUAUUGAAAUAUUUUGUACUUUUUAUAUAAAAAGUUAUUACAAUUUUCUGAAUGUUAAAUAUUUUUUUAUGUUCCACUUGAUACAAUAUGUUAUAACAUAUUCAUCUAGUGUAUUUGGUAUUAAUUUAAUACACAAAUACUAUUUUAAUGAUGUGUUUUGUAAAUAUCGUUCAAGUUUUUGCAAGGAAGUGAUUUGUAUCUUAAUAAACGUCUUUAAAUUAUG